UUGCUGUGGACACGUCACUCAUUCGGUUGAGGAAGAGCACCAGUGCAAAACUCGACGUUGACCCAAUUCAGUGGAAAUUAACCUGCAAACAUGUCGAAUUCCGUCAUAUCGGUGGUCUCUCGGUUCCUGGAGGAGUACACCACCACGACGCCCAACAAGCUCAAAGUGGUGGACUCGUAUCUGCUGUACAUCCUGCUAACAGGAGCGCUGCAGUUCCUCUACUGUCUGCUCGUUGGCACUUUCCCCUUCAAUAGCUUUCUGUCGGGCUUCAUCUCAUGUGUGGGCUCAUUCAUUCUCGCAGUGUGUCUUCGUAUCCAAAUCAACCCACAGAACAAAGGAGACUUCCUGUCUAUCUCCCCAGAGAGAGCCUUCGCCGACUUCCUGUUCGCUCACACCGUCCUGCAUCUUGUUGUGAUGAAUUUCAUUGGUUGAAAAGACGUGCAUCCCACCAAUACUGUCCCCCCUCUCAGAAGAUCAAGACCAGAGAUGUUUUCAGAACUCACCUUGAAGACCUGAUGCUACAUCUGGUUUUGUGCUAUUGAUUUGGAAAAGUACAACCCAACACCCACACUGAUGUUGCUGCACAUAGUCACAUAUGGUGCAUUACAAUUUUCUUACUGAUAAUGGUUGAUUUUCUUUCAGUCUCUUUUUUCCCCCUUUUUUUUUUUAAAUGUCAAAAUUUGUAAAGCAUUCCCUUUUGCACUGAGACAAAGAAAUAAAAACAACUGAAAAUGUGA